AUGAUACCGGUAGAUCGUGGUGUGUAUGGACCGACAAUGGUGUUCUGCUUCCUGUUUGUCUACGUGGAAGUCGCGGUCCGACUGCGUGAUCCGAAGACCCUGCCGUUGAGCAUCGAUCUUUGUCGGCCGUUUGCCGCACACUGUAUCGGUUAUCCGGCUGUCACGUUAGGAUUUGGAUUGAAAACAAUGGUUGCGCAUCAUUUACGUCUGAGACGUCAACGAUCUGUAGAAGCGCAGAACAUGACGUUCUUUGCUAUGCUAGAGGAAGCACUACCGAAAGAAUUCCGAUACUACUUCAAACCAGCAUCCGUCGCCUCCUCCACAUCUUCCCUGUCCUCUUCAUCCUCAUCCUCCACUUGCCUGUCCCAUAGUCACCUGCUAUCAAGUACUGGACCGUCUUGUCCUACACGAGCAUCAGCAUCAGGUGACUCACGCAAUUCUAAUGUGGUAUCCGUCACCAAGUCUAUUGCUACUGGUACUACCGGUGCUGGAUGUGGUGGUGGUGGUGGGGGUAGUGGUGCGGCUGGUAACGCAUCGACCGUCACCACGUCAACAGCCAAAUCCGGUUCGAGUGCAACAGCCACUUCCGCAGGAACGGGAGGUAAGCCGAAUCCGGGUGGUGGCGGUGGUGGCGGCGGCGGUGGAGGAGGAGGUAAACAUCCUCAGAAAGAUGAAUACACGCUCAAGUUAGAAACAGAACUUCGUCGACUGAAAUCCGAGUUGCAAUCGUUACGCGCACUGGAAAUCGAUCUUCGAACUCAGGUCCAGCAAUUGACGGCUGCUGAACGUACUUACCGAUCGGAGAGCGCCCAGGCGCGUCAGGAAUAUGAAAGUCUACAGACCAAACUGAAUCAGCUGACUCAACGACUGCAGGUGAUUUUCUCUGUCUGUCUGUCUAUCCGUUUGACUAUCCAUCUUUGUUUCUUGCACUCAUUGACCACCAGCGGUUUCAUAGAGAGUAAAAUAUGCGGCAUAGCUCCCCUGUGUUAG